UGAGUGAACAGGACUGUGAAGAAAGUGGCCCAAGCACCGGUGAUGGAAUUCCAAGGGAAAGUAGCCCAUUUAUCAAUAAUUCUGGGCUGGACAGAGGAAACCUCUAUGAAGGGAAGAACAUGGCUCUUUUUGAGGAAGAAAUGGAUAGCAACCCCAUGGUAUCAUCUCUUCUCAAUAAGCUAGCAAACUAUACCAACGUUACCCAGGGAGUCAUAGAACAUGAAGAAGAUGAAGACAGCAAACGUAAGGAAAUCAAGGCGCCAUGUAUGGGCACUUUCAUUGGUGUGUACUUGCCCUGCCUGCAGAACAUUCUAGGAGUCAUCCUGUUCUUGCGAUUGACAUGGAUUGUGGGAACAGCAGGAGUUCUUGAAUCUUUCAUCAUUGUGUUCAUCUGCUGUGCUGGUACCAUGCUAACUGCAAUAUCAAUGAGUGCGAUAGCAACGAAUGGUGUGGUUCCAGCUGGUGGUUCAUACUACAUGAUUUCAAGGUCACUGGGGCCAGAGUUUGGUGGAGCUGUAGGUCUCUGUUUUUACUUGGGCACAACAUUUGCAGGGGCCAUGUACAUUCUUGGCACAAUUGAAAUUCUGCUGAAAUAUAUUUCCCCCAAUGCUGCUAUUUUUAAAGCAGAAGAAAAGACUGAAGUUGAAGAGGCCAUGUUGAACAAUAUGAGAGUUUAUGGAACAUGCGCCGUUGUCCUGAUGGCCAUAGUGGUUUUUGUGGGCGUUAAAUAUGUCAAUAAACUUGCACUUGUCUUCCUGGCUUGUGUGAUCCUUUCCAUCAUUGCUAUUUAUGCUGGGGUUAUUAAAACUGCUUUCGACCCGCCAGACUUUCCUAUAUGUCUACUUGGAAACCGCACGUUGUCAAGGCAGAAGGACUUUCCUUGCGCUAAAUAUGCUGAAAAGGACAAUACAACAGUGGUGACUGAGCUGUGGGAUCUUUUCUGUGACAGCACCUCACCAAAUGCCACAUGCAAUGAAUAUUUUACCCGAAACAAUGUCACCCAAAUCCAAGGAAUUCCUGGAGUUGCCAGUAGAGUCCUGAUUGAUAAUUUGUGGAGUGUAUAUGGAGACAAAGGAUCAAUUGUGGAGAAACAGAAUCAGCCAUCAGUUCCUGUGCCUGAAGAGGCAAAAGAUCUCGAUCUCCCCUAUGUAUUUUCAGAUAUCAUGACCUAUUUCACCAUGCUAGUAGGGAUUUAUUUUCCAUCUGUGACAGGUAUCAUGGCCGGUUCAAACAGGUCCGGAGAUCUUCGAGAUGCUCAGAAAUCUAUUCCUACUGGAACAAUUUUGGCCAUUUCCACAACAUCGUUUAUCUAUUUGUCUUGUAUCAUCCUUUUUGGAGCCUGUAUAGAAGGUGUGGUCUUGAGAGACAAAUUUGGAGAAGGAGUUAAUGGAAACUUAGUGAUCGGUACAUUGGCGUGGCCCUCUCCAUGGGUUAUUGUAAUUGGUUCAUUCUUUUCCACGUGUGGGGCUGGCCUCCAGAGCCUCACUGGAGCCCCCCGGCUGCUCCAGGCUAUUGCAAGAGAUGGCAUUAUACCAUUUCUCCAAGUCUUUGGCCAUGGGAAGGCCAAUGGAGAGCCCACGUGGGCCUUGCUCCUGACUGCCUUUAUCUGUGAAAUCGGCAUCCUCAUCGCUUCUCUGGACAGCGUGGCUCCCAUUCUUUCCAUGUUUUUCCUAAUGUGCUAUCUUUUUGUAAACUUGGCGUGUGCAGUUCAGACUCUUCUGCGUACACCAAACUGGAGACCUCGUUUCAAGUAUUAUCACUGGACACUUUCAUUCCUGGGGAUGACUUUGUGUCUUGCCUUGAUGUUCAUAUGUUCUUGGUACUAUGCCUUGAUUGCUAUGCUAAUAGCAGGGUGUAUUUACAAAUACAUAGAAUAUAGAGGAGCUGAAAAAGAAUGGGGAGAUGGAAUUCGGGGGUUGUCCUUGAAUGCUGCUCGCUAUGCUUUGCUUCGGGUUGAGCAGGGCCCUCCUCACACCAAAAAUUGGAGGCCUCAAGUCUUGGUUUUGCUGAAUUUGGAUUCAGAACAAUUGGUCAAACAUCCACGGCUGCUUUCUUUCACUUCUCAAUUGAAAGCUGGAAAAGGACUGACCAUUGUGGGAUCUGUACUUCCAGGAAUAUACUUGGAUAAAUACACAGAAGCUCAAAAGGCUGAGGAAAAUAUUAGAUCCUUAAUGGGAGUAGAGCGAACCAAAGGAUUUUGCCAGAUCGUGGUGUCAUCCACUGUCAGAGAUGGAAUUUCCCAUUUGAUACAGUCUGCUGGCCUUGGAGGGAUGAAGCAUAACACAGUCUUGAUGGCGUGGCCUCAGUCCUGGAAGCAGGCCGAUAAUCCCUUCUCUUGGAAGAAUUUUGUUGACACUGUACGAGAAACUACAGCUGCUCAACAAGCCCUUCUGGUUGCCAAAAACAUAGAUUUGUUUCCAAUGAAUCAGGAGCGUUUUACUGAGGGCAACGUAGAUGUGUGGUGGAUCGUUCAUGAUGGUGGUAUGCUCAUGUUGCUUCCUUUCCUACUCCGACAUCACAAGGUAUGGAGAAAAUGUAAAAUGCGCAUUUUCACUGUAGCUGAAAUGGACGACAAUAGUAUUCAGAUGAAAAAGGAUCUUCAGAUGUUUUUGUAUCAUCUUCGACUUAAUGCUGAGGUGGAGGUUGUUGAAAUGUUUGAAAAUGAUAUUUCAGCCUUUACGUAUGAGAAGACUCUUGUGAUGGAACAGAGAUCUCAGAUGCUAAAGCAGAUGCAGCUCUCAAAGAAUGAAAGAGAAAGAGAGAUUCAGAGCGUCACUGACGGGUCUCGUGGUUCAGUCAGAAGAAAAAACUCCUUGAGACCACAGUGCUUUGGCCAAGCUGUAGACAAUCUGCUACCUAAUGACAUUCAAGAGGAAGAGGCGCAACUGAUCCAUGACAGAAACACUGCAUCCCACUCCACGGGAAUGGUCAGAUCUCUCACCGCUGUUGCUACACCAGAACAAGUACAAAUGACCUGGACAAAAGAAAAGCUUAUAUCUGAGAAGCAUAAAAAUAAAGAAACAUGCAUGGCAGGCUACAAGGACAUCUUCAGUAUGAAACCGAAUCAGUCGAACGUGAGAAGGAUGCACACGGCUGUCAAGCUGAAUGGUGUGGUGCUCAACAAAUCACAACAUGCCCAGCUGGUGUUACUGAAUAUGCCUGGACCGCCAAAAAACAGACAGGGGGAUGAAAACUACAUGGAGUUCUUGGAAGUUUUGACGGAAGGCUUGAACAGAGUACUUCUGGUGCGAGGAGGAGGCCGUGAAGUCAUCACUAUUUACUCCUAAUGAUUUUG